AUGGACGAGGGCUGGAUCUCGUCGCUGCGGUCGGCGGCAGUCCAGUCUCCCUCGACGAUGCCGCUGCUGGGGCUCUUUGUCGUUGCCCUCUUGGGUCUCGUCAAGGGUACAAGGCAGCGCAUCCUUUCAGGCCUGUCCAGCGUCUACGUCUUCCUAUUCCACCGCCCGCUGCGCAACGACCCGCAGGCAUUCCUCGUCUCGUCGCACUCGCACCCGCUGCCUGCCACCAGCUCGUUUCUCUCAGCGUGGCGAGCCAGGUCAAUCCUAUCCAGCGAGGCACGCAGCCGCGGCUUUGAUAGCUUUGACCACCUGCGCAGGCGUGGGAUCCACCAUGAGCGCGACAUCGACUGGACCAAGCCCGGCUCGCCCCGCCACGGCGAUCUGAUCGAGAGCUGGGACAGGAUCGCAGAGUGGGACGCACGGUGCAUUCACCCGUCCAAGCUGCAGACGUUGCGGCAGGUCGGUGAUCGCCUUGCCGACACGGCUCUGGAGCAGGCCUCCAAGAGCCAGAAAGACCCCGAUGAUACCGACGUCCUUGGCCAGAUCUAUCGCCUCGCCCACGUCGGCGGCGACGAGGGUAACAACGGCAACGACAAAAACCCCGCCUGCUCGACAUUCUGGAAGGCAGCGCGCGGACGUCCGCCGCCCGGGGCCGGAGCCCUCGGCCUCGAAUGGUACGCCGAGCGCUCCCGUCGAAAGGGUGUCGUCGGUCAAGCGGUCGACCUUCAUGCAAGGUGGCCGCAGCACCCGUCGUCGUCGGACAUCGAAGAGCCUCCUCCUCAGCCCUGGCAGCCAGAGUCUUAUUCUUCGUCAUCAGAAGAGGCGCCGUCCCAGUCUGAGCUCGACGAGGAGCUCGAGGCCGAGGCUGCGGUGCUCCGUCGAGGGCAAGACGUCUUCUACAAGUACGCCGGCCCGAUGCUCCUCUCGCUGCUGCACUUUAGCCUGGCAGGCGGUUUCGCAUCGCCCCGCAUCACCGAGGUGCUGCGCCAGACGGCGUACCUGGUCCCCGGAACGCGCAAGAGGCGGCAGAAGGAGGACGAGGAGCAGGGCCUUGACGACAAGGACGACGGGGCGAGAAAGGGCGAGGCUGGCACCGACGGCCUGCCCAAGAUGGACAAGGCGCGCGCGGACCGCACCUGGUCUCGCCUGCUCGAGACGACCCAGUUUGUGCUCGACGUCAUGGAGGCUCAAGGCAGCAUGCGAUUGCCCAGCAACGGACCCGAGUCGGGCGGCGAGGGAUGGCAGAGCGCGACGCGGGUUCGCCUGCUUCACACGGCGGUGCGGCAGCGCGUGCUUCGGUCGGCCUCGUCGCCGCAGCGCGCCCAUUCCGCGUUCGGCGGCUACGACGUCGAGCGCAAUGGCGUGCCAAUCAACCAAGAGGACCUGCUAGCCACGCUCUGCUCGUUUUCCGUCGCGCCCCUCGCUUCUCUUCAGGCCAUGGGCAUCAAGCCCACGCUGCGGGAGCGUGAGGACUUUGUCGCCCUCUGGCGCCAUGUCGGCUUCUACAUGGGCCUCGAGCCGGCGGUGCUGCGCGCCUGCUUUGGAAAUGCGCAGACGGCUGAUCGCACCCUCUGGUGCGCCAUCCUCCACCUCUUCGGAGAGGUCGAGGUCAGUGGCAGCGGCAGCGGCGAUGGCGCGCGAGCACACGACGACCAGGCAGAGGCUAGCAACGGUGCUGGACCGCCGACGACACCACCGGCGCCUCGCAUCAAAGGUCCGACGAUCCCCGUCCUGAUCGCGUGUGCGGACCGCCCGCCGUUCCACACGCCGUUGGCGGCGCACUUUGCCAUUUCUCGCCAUCUGCUCGGACCCUCGCUGUCCGACUCCCUGGGCAUACCGCCGACCGACGCGCUGCGCACGCUCAUCACCGACGUGGCUUUCCUGGGGAUGCGCAUCCCCAUAUGGUUCGGACGCUUCUACCGCGCCGAAUGGGAGCGGCAACGCCUCGUCCUCGCCCGGCCCCUGCUGCGCCGCCUGAUUGUGUGGAGCAUGGGCAACAAGCGGUCCAGGUUCGAGAUGCCUCCGCGCGGCGCUCGGCCGUCGUCCGAUCAGCCGCAGCAGGACAAGCCGAAAGAGCAGCAAGAGCAAGAUUCGCCACCGCCCAAUGUGGCGACGCACGGAGGAGGGCUGCAAGACGUGCCCGAGGAUAGCGAGGACAACCUGCGCCUGGUGCGGCGGUGGCGCUGGCUGAUGCGCGAGAUGAUCGCCGUGUGCGUGCUGGCCGGCGUCGUGGCGCUCGGCAGCGUCGUGUUGGCGGUCAGGCGGUUCUGGUAG